CUCUUACUUGAGGUUCUCUACUUCGAUCUUAUUCCGUGCUACUUGACAUAUAUGGUUAGGAACAUCACGCAACUCAGGCAUUGUUAUAAAUACGUUUCUUAGCAUUAUCAUAAAGAGAAUCGGAAAAUACUUUAACACUCGCAAAGAUGACAAGGGUGCCGGAUCAGGACUUGAAGCAAGCUUUCUCGAAGCUGCACGAGAAGAUGGUGGAUACCAAGCAGAAGCUGAAGUUGGCUGAUAUACAGAUUGAUAAGCUACGGCGUACGAAACAACGCGCGGUGCUAAUCACAAAGGAAGUCGGUGGCAUCCCCAAAGACAUAAGGAUGUAUGAAUCUAUCGGUCGAAUGUUUUAUCUGGAGGACGUGAGCAAGAUUAAGAACGGCUUGGACAACACAAUGAAAACAGCCGAUGAGAAGAUCAAGACACUGGAAAAUAACAAGAGUUACUUGCAACGAAGUUUAAAAGAGAGCGAAGAUGAAAUCAGAGAGAUGAUUCAACAGAGACUAAAUAAGGAGGCUUCUGGAUAGAACUUUUACGUAUAUCUGUAAUAUGCUGCUUCGGUUUCCCUCUCAACGUUCCUUGGAUCUUUCUGAGUAUGAUUUGAAAUGUGUCUCUAGAAGUAUAUGUGAUUAUUUAAUCCGAAAGGUCUCAUUCGUUGGCUUGAAGGUACGCUUGAAGGUGUUGUCCAUCUUGAUACAUUUUUGUAAUACAAUAUUAUAUUUUCUUUUUGUAUAUAAUGUGUCUUUGGAAAUAAAAUUCCUCAGUGAACACAAGGACUCUCGUGACAGCUCUGUGAACCUAAUGAAUCAUGAAAUCACAUAAAAUGUAAAGCGUACUUUUACAAGAGACAAUAUUGCGUGCAUGUAAACGAUAAUCAUUUUGAUUGAAUAAAUUAUUGAGUACUUAAA